AGCAACGCGCUGGCUUGUGUUAACAACCGGCCCGGGAUCAGACGCCUGCAACAGCUGAGAGGCGGCCGCGGCGUUAAGCGGACUGUAUGGCGGUGGCCUAGGCCCCUGGCGGAAUUUUGGGACUUUCGCGACUCUACCGACUCUUAGGCUGCCUUCCCUUCUCAGUGGCGGGGCCUCUUUGGGCCCAGCGGCUGCAGCCGCGCUGUAGAACAGGAAGAUCCCCCAACUCUCCACCUGGCCGCCACCGGCCAUGGGGACAGAGGAAGCCGCGGCUACUGCCGAGGCCCGGGAAUCCGGCAUCAGGAACAAGUCUAGCAGUUCCAGUCAAAUCCCAGUGGUUGGGGUGGUGACGGAGGACGAUGAGGCGCAGGGUGUUUUCAAGCCUAUGGACCUUAAUCGUGUCAUCAGACUCCUUGAAGAGACUGAUAAAGAUGGCUUAGAAGAAAAACAACUUAAAUUUGUCAAGAAACUGGUACAGUGUUUUCAGAAUGGACUUCCAUUAAGGGAUUUAGCACAGAUAUUUAAAAUUCUGAAUCUAUGUGCAGGAAAAAUAAAAAACCAGCCUCGUUUUGUCGAAUCUGCAUAUGAUAUCAUAAAACUGUGUGGCUUGCCAUUUUUGAAAAAGAAAGUAUCGGAUGAAAUAACUUAUGCUGAAGAUACUGCUAAUUCAAUUGCGCUUCUGGGUGACUUAAUGAAAAUACCAAGUUCUGAAUUGAGGAUACAAAUUUGUAAGUGUAUUGUUGAUUUUUAUCAUGCAGAACCACCAAAGAAGCAUAUUCCAGGUUAUCAGCAAGCGAGUUCAUCAUACAAGAUACAAAUGGCUGAAGUUGGAGGAUUAGCAAAAACAAUGGUCCAGUCAAUCACCUUGCUUGAAAAUCAACUUGUUGAGAAACUUUGGGUACUUAAAGUUCUGCAGCAUCUCUCAACUUCUGAAGUUAAUUGUACUAUAAUGAUGAAAGCACAAGCAGCCAGUAGAAUCUGUACUCACCUCAAUGACCCAGAUCCCUCUGGACAGCUUUUAUUUCGUUCAUCAGAAAUACUUUGGAACUUGUUGGAAAAAUCUUCAAAAGAAGAAGUCAUACAACAGCUUAGUAACUUGGAAUGUUUGCUGGCUUUGAAGGAAGUAUUUACAAAUCUGUUUAUGAGAGGUUUCAGUCAUUAUGACCGUCAGCUUAGAAAUGACAUAUUAGUGAUCACUACAAUUAUAGCUCAAAAUCCUGAAGCACCAAUGAUUGAAUGUGGCUUUACCAAGGAUUUGAUACUGUUUGCCACCUUUAAUGAAGUUAAAAGUCAAAAUCUUUUGGUAAAAGGACUUAAGCUUUCUAAUUCCUAUGAAGAUUUUGAGUUGAAGAAAUUACUAUUCAAUGUAAUUGUGAUCUUAUGUAAAGAUUUACCUACUGUACAGCUAUUAAUUGAUGGCAAAGUUAUUUUGGCUUUGUUUACCUAUGUUAAGAAGCCUGAAAAACAAAAAAUAAUGGACUGGUCUGCAGCACAGCAUGAAGAAUUACAACUGCAUGCAAUUGCCACUUUGUCAUCAGUGGCUCCUUUAUUAAUAGAAGAAUACAUGUCAUGCCAGGGAAAUGCUCGAGUCCUUGCAUUUCUAGAAUGGUGUGAGAGUGAAGAUCUGUUUUUCAGUCAUGGUAACAGUUUUCAUGGUACAGGUGGCCGAGGCAACAAGUUUGCCCAGAUGCGUUACAGUUUAAGACUCCUGAGAGCCAUGGUCUACCUCGAAGAUGAGACUGUAAACACAGAUCUUUGUGAAAAGGGAACAAUUCAGCAAAUGAUAGGAAUCUUUAAAAAUAUAAUAAGCAAGCCUAAUGAAAAGGAAGAAGCCAUUGUUUUGGAAAUCCAGUCUGAUAUUUUACUUAUCCUAUCUGGUCUUUGUGAGAAUCACAUUCAAAGGAAGGAAAUUUUCGGAACCGAAGGAGUAGAUAUAGUUCUUCAUGUGAUGAAAACAGACCCCAGGAAGUUACAGAGUGGCUUAGGCUAUAAUGUACUUCUUUUUAGUACAUUGGACAGCAUUUGGUGCUGUAUUUUGGGAUGUUAUCCUUCAGAGGAUUAUUUUCUUGAAAAGGAAGGCAUUUUUCUCCUUUUGGAUGUGUUGGCAUUGAACCAAAAAAAAUUUUGUAAUCUAAUACUUGGAAUAAUGGUUGAAUUUUGUGAUAAUCCCAAAACUGCAGCUCAUGUCAAUGCUUGGCAAGGGAAGAAGGAUCAAACAGCUGCUAGUCUUUUAAUUAAAUUGUGGAGAAAGGAGGAAAAAGAACUAGGAGUAAAACGUGAUAAAAAGGGGAAGAUCAUUGAUACAAAAAAACCUCUACUUACUAGCUUUCAAGAAGAGCAAAAAAUCAUCCCACUGCCUGCUAACUGCCCAUCUAUUGCGGUUAUGGAUGUUUCUGAGAAUAUUAGAGCAAAAAUUUAUGCUAUAUUGGGCAAACUAGAUUUUGAAAAUUUACCUGGCCUCUCCGCUGAAGAUUUUGUCACCCUCUGUAUCAUACAUAGAUAUCUUGAUUUUAAAAUUGGAGAAAUAUGGAAUGAAAUAUAUGAAGAAAUAAAAUUAGAAAAAUUAAGACCAGUCACUACAGAUAAAAAAGCUUUGGAAGCUAUUACAACAGCAUCAGAAAAUGUUGGAAAGAUGGUUGCUUUUCUGCAAAGUGAGAUAAUUGAAAGCCAAGCACGCCAAGAUGUGCAAAAUGAACAAAAAGUAUAUGCAAAAAUACAGGCCACACACAAGCAAAGAGAGCUGGCUAAUAAAUCAUGGGAAAAUUUCUUGGCUAGAACAUCAAAUGCGAAAACGUUAAAGAAAGCAAAAAGGCUUCAAGAAAAAGCUAUAGAAGCCUCCAGAUACCAUAAACGACCACAAAAUGCAGUAUUUCACCAAACAGAUAUUAAAGGCCUUAACACAACGGUGCCCACCGGUGGGGUAGUAACAGUGGAAAGCACUCCUGCCCGAUUGGUAGGAGGACCUCUGGCUGAUACAGAUAUUGCUCUUAAAAAACUGCCCAUUCGAGGAGGAGCCUUGCAGAGGGUGAAAGCAGUUGAAAUUGUGGAUGCACCAAAAAAGAGUAUUCCUACGUAAUAUACUCUAGAGACUUUUUGAAAUAAAAUCAGCUCGUAAUUUUUUAGUUGAAUAUAUCUUUAUACAUAUGUAAAGCCAAUAUUUUAGAAUAAGUAUUUUAGUAUAAAUAUUUUAGUAAAAUACUAUAAAAAUAAAAGGACAUGUAAUUUAUUUUUAUGGAAAACAUCAACAUGUAAUAUCAGAAGAGUUGUCAUCAGUUUCUUUGGAAAGGCUACCAAUUUUAUUAAGUGAAAUUGUAAAACAUCAGUUAGGACUCUGUUGGUUGCAUGUGAACUAUUCUAACUAGUUUAAGCCAGAAAAAAAAUUUCUUACAGGCUCUGUAUCUAUCAAAUCUAGGAGGAAUUUAAACUACAGGCAUUGCUGAAUCUAAGGACUAAAACUAUAUGAGUAGGAUCUUCUCCUUCCCUAGCAGCUCCUGGCUUAUAUUUUCUUAGGUUCAUGCCUGUGUCUCCUGGUUUCUGCAACUGCCUAUGCAUCUCAGGACCCCGAUUGCCCACAUGCCUACUUCUGAGCCAUUCACCAUGACUUUGGCCAUGGCUGAGUACUGCCUAUCCCUGGAGCCAGAAGCAGGGCAACUCUAUCCAAAACAUAUGGAUAGAGUGGGGAAUCAGGGUACUAUUACCAGAAGCAUGUAUAUAUGAAUCUUGGGCAGCAAGAUAAACAAUAACUGCAACAAAUAUGUUGGUCAAAAUAAAAUUAUGUUUUCUCUGCUAUAAAAGCAAAUGUUAGUCAUGAGCUAAAUGGUAAAAAAGAAAAAUACAGCUGGUUUUACUCUUAAUGUAUAAAUAUGCAAAGCAAA